UCAGAUGUAAACAAGUCUCGUACGAAUUUUUCAUUCUAAAGUCAUUUUUUCACACAAAAAAUGUUAAAUCUCGUACGACAAUUCUCCCGAGCUCUCGUGAUCUCGUCCCGAGAAUGUUCGUCGCUUGCAGGUUCACGCGGGCAAAAUACGCUUCAUGCCGAAAAUCAAGCGUUAAUGGCAAAAGUCGCCGCCAGCACAUGUCUUCGUGCUCCGCGACAAAUCUGGGUUGAAAAUAUCGACACGCCGGAACAGAAAAACCUCGAACUGAUUGAAGUGCAUCCCGAUGUUUAUGCGACGAUGCCUCGCGUCGACUUGAUUCAUGAAAAUAUUACGUGGCAGCGGAAAUAUCGAUAUGUGAGUUUUGCUCAUACCAAAACACGGAAUGAAGUUCGGGGCGGCGGAAGGAAACCUUUUCCGCAAAAGGGACGAGGAUGUGCGCGACAUGGAUCGAUUCGGAGUCCCUUGUUUAAAGGAGGCGGCGUUGCACAUGGACCUCGUUCGCCGACAACGCACUUUUAUAUGCUGGAUUGGUUCUCGAGAGUGCAGGGAUUGACAUCGACGUUGAGUGUGAAAUUAGCGCAGGAUGACUUGCAUGUCAUUACGGAUCUCGAUAUUCCGACAGAUGAUCCGAAAUAUUUGGUUGAUUUGAUGGAAAAGAGAAAUUGGGGACCUUCUUGCUUGUUUGUUGAUGAUCUCGACAUCAUACCCGAAAACAUCGCUUUAGCCAUGGAAGAGCUCGGGCACGUGAAUUUCAUGCCAGUUUACGGCUUGAACGUUUAUUCGAUGAUCAAACACGACACUUUAGUUCUUACCAAAUCCGCUGCCAUGAAAAUUCAGCAAAAAUUAUUGGAAGCGUUGAACAGAAAUGACGGAAUUAAUGCCAUGAAAAAGUUUGCAUUGAAUCAGUAAAAAGUGAAAAUAAGAGUUAGAUCAAUAAAAAAUUUAGAAUUAAAGAAAAAAU